GUCUGUCAGCAGAUUGGGGAAGUCAGAGAACCUCAUAUAUCCAAGGAUGGAGAUGUUACAUUGGGAGCAAUCCUAUCUUUUCACAGCAGCUGGAUAAACACACUACACAGUUACACACAAAAACCUAAUCCACUGCAAUGUACAAGUUUGAACUUUAGAGAUUUUCAGUUUGCCCAGGCUAUGCUGUUUGCUAUUGAGGAAAUUAACAACAGCUUGAACAUUCUGCCAGGCCUUUCUCUGGGCUACAAGAUGUAUGAUGCCUGUGGCUCUGUUGCUGAAGCAGUGAGAGGAGCACUAGCUUUGGCUAAUGGAAAUGAAGAAAUACUUGUGUUCUCUGAAACUCCAUGCACCAGAUCAGGCCAAGUGCAGGCAAUUUUAGGAGAGACUUCAUCUUCUCCUUGCAUGGCCAUAGCUACAGUCCUUGGCCCCUUUCAUUUGCCACUGAUCAGCCACUUUGCCACUUGUGCAUGUCUGAGUGACAAAGUGAAAUACCCCUCCUUCUUCAGGACUAUACCCAGUGACCUGUACCAGAGCAGAGCGCUGGCCCAGCUGGUCAGGCACUUCGGUUGGACAUGGGUUGGAGUCAUCAGAACAAACGAUGACUAUGGCAAUUACGGCAUGGCCACUUUUGCUGAAACUGCAAAACAGCUUGGUAUCUGUCUAGAAUACUCCGUGUCCUUUUUCAGAACUGACCCGCCAGAAAAAAUACUAAAUAUAAUCAACAUAAUUAAACAUUCAAGUUCCAAAGUUAUUGUGGCUUUUAUGUCACACAUGGAUAUGGAUGUAAUUAUACACAAGCUGUCAGAUCACAAUGUGAGCGGUUACCAGUGGGUGGGCAGUGAGGGUUGGAUUUUUGAUGCUCAAACUGCUGCAGCAGACAAGUACCACAUUCUGAAUGGGGCCAUAGGAUUGUCCAUCCCAAAGGCUUAUGUCAGUGGCAUGGAGGAGUUCAUGAUGGAUGUGAGAUCACUCAACACCUCUGGUAAUCAGUUAUUUACUGAGUUCUGGGAAGAACUGUUCAACUGUGAAUUCAAUGCAGAGACUUAUCACAAAAGAUGUACAGGAACUGAAGACCUGAGUCAAGUGGACAACAGCUUCACUGACAUGUCCCUGAUGCCAAUCUUUAACAACGUCUACAAGGGAGUAUAUGCAGUGGCCUAUGCCCUGCAUAAAAUCCUCAAAUGUAACAAAACCUGUCAGACAGAUGUGAACUUAGAUCCUCAUAUGAUACUGCAACAAUUGAAAAACAUUCAUUUCCAAACAAAAGAAGGAGAAGGGGUGUAUUUCAACGAGAACGGUGAUCCUACUGCUAAAUAUGAAAUCAUAAACUGGCAGCCCACUGCCCAGGGCACAGUGGACUUUGUCACAGUGGGCCUUUAUGAUGCUUCUCUUCCUGCAGACAGACAACUGACACUACAAAAUGUGUCUAUAUAUUGGGCCCAGAAUUCAAAGCAGGUGCCAAUAUCAGUUUGCAGCAGAGCAUGUUCACCUGGAACACGUAAGGUUCUCCAGAAAGGAAAGCCAGUGUGCUGUUACGACUGUGUGCUCUGUGCAGAAGGAGAAAUAAGUAACAGCACAGAUUCCACCACUUGUGUCCAAUGUCCUCCAGAUUUUUGGUCCAAUGCCCAAAGAGACACAUGUGUGAGGAAGGAAACAGAGUUUCUAUCUUAUGAAGAAAUUAUGGGAGCUCUGCUCACAGCGGCAUCUUUAUUUGGGACUUGUAUGACUUGUGUUGUGGCCUGUAUUUUCUUCAAAUACAGAAAAACUCCAAUAGUGAGAGCCAAUAACUCUGAGCUGAGCUUCCUGUUGCUCUUCUCUCUGAGCCUGUGUUUCCUGUGCUCUCUCACCUUCAUCGGCCGUCCCUCUGAGUGGUCCUGCAUGCUGCGCCACACUGCGUUCGGCAUCACCUUUGUCCUCUGUAUCUCUUGUGUUCUGGGGAAGACUAUAGUGGUGCUGAUGGCCUUCAGAGCCACACUUCCAGGAAGUAAUGUCAUGAAAUGGUUUGGGCCUCUUCAGCAGAAACUCAGUGUCGUAGGUUUUACUCUGAUACAGGUGCUGAUCUGUGUCCUCUGGUUAACAAUGUCACCUCCAUUUCCGUUCAAAAACUUCAAAGAGUUCAAAUCCAAAAUUAUUGUUGAGUGUUCUCUGGGGUCAUCAUUUGGUUUCUGGGCAGUUCUUGGAUACAUAGGUCUGUUAGCUUUGUUGUGUUUUGUGUUGGCGUUCUUUGCUCGUAAACUUCCUGAUAACCUUAAUGAAGCCAAGUUCAUCACCUUCAGCAUGUUGAUCUUCUGUGCAGUCUGGAUCACUUUUAUCCCAGCUUACGUCAGCUCUCCAGGAAAGUUUAGUGUGGCAGUGGAGAUAUUUGCAAUACUUGCCUCUAGUUUUGGUCUACUGUUUUGUAUUUUUAUCCCAAAAUGUUACAUACUUUUAAUGAAACCUGAAACCAAUACAAAAAUGAAUAUUAUUAGAAAUAAGGAACUCCGCAGAUUUUAG